UCCCCGCCCGCCCCCGCUGUUCGAUUACCAGGAAGUGUCUCCUGGAGACGCCGGGUCUGCCUCCAGUUAGAAACGGGCGGUGGCUGCUGUCGGUGGUUCUGGUGGCUGCUGGACCGGUUUGGGUGUGGUGGCAUCAUGGAGCACAUCCGCACCACGAAGGUUGAACAGGUAAAAUUACUAGACCGAUUCAGCACAAACAUCAAGUCACAAACAGGAACUCUUUACCUCACAGCAACUCACUUAUUAUUUAUAGACUCCAGCCAGAAAGAGACAUGGAUAUUACACCAUCAUAUUGCUGCAGUUGAGAAACUUGCUUUGACUACUUCUGGCUGCCCCUUAGUGAUUCAGUGCAAGAACUUCAGAAUAGUUCACUUCAUUGUUCCUAGAGAAAGGGACUGCCAUGAUAUUUAUAAUUCUUUGCUUCAGUUGUCAAAACCAGCAAGAUAUGAUGAAUUAUAUGCCUUCUCAUAUAAUCCAAAGCAAACUGAGGAGGAGAGGGUGCGAGGUUGGCAGGUCAUUGACCUCACUGAUGAAUACAAUCGGAUGGGUGUGCCUAACUCUGAAUGGCAAUUAUCAGAUGCAAAUCAUGAUUAUAAGAUUUGUGAGACAUAUCCUAGAGACCUUUAUGUUCCCAGGAGUGCAAGUAAGCCCGUAAUUGUUGGCAGUUCUAAGUUCCGAAGCAAAGGAAGAUUCCCUGUGCUCUCGUAUUAUCAUAAAGAUAACGAGGCUACCAUUUGCAGAUGUAGUCAGCCUCUCUCAGGAUUCAGCGCCAGAUGUCUGGAGGAUGAACACAUGUUGCAAGCAAUAAGUAAAGCCAAUCCCACUAACCACUACAUGUACGUCAUGGACACCAGACCAAAACUGAAUGCAAUGGCCAAUAGAGCAGCAGGUAAAGGCUAUGAAAAUGAAGAUAAUUAUUCCAACAUUAGAUUCCAAUUUGUUGGUAUUGAAAAUAUCCAUGUAAUGAGGUCUAGUCUGCAGAAGCUUCUGGAAGUUUGUGGAACAAGAGGCCUAUCAGUCAAUGAUUUUCUGUCUGGCUUGGAGAGCUCUGGGUGGCUGCGACACAUCAAAGCAGUGUUGGAUGCUGCUGUCUUCUUGGCUAAGGCCAUAGCUUUUGAGAGUGCAAGUGUGUUAGUACAUUGCUCCGAUGGCUGGGACCGGACGUCUCAGGUCUGUUCCUUGGGUUCUCUAUUGUUGGAUCCCUUUUAUAGAACAAUUAAAGGAUUCAUGGUUUUGGUGGAAAAAGACUGGAUUGCUUUUGGACACAAAUUUUCAGAUAGAUGUGGACAACUGGACGGUGACCCAAAGGAAAUAUCCCCAGUGUUUGCCCAAUUUUUAGAAAGUGUCUGGCACCUGACAGAGCAGUUUCCACAGGCCUUUGAGUACAAUGAAGCUUUUCUCCUUCAGAUCCAUGAGCACAUCCAUUCAUGUCAGUUUGGAAACUUCAUUGGAAACUGCCAAAAAGAACGAGAAGAACUCAAAUUGAAAGAGAAGACUUUUUCAUUGUGGCCUUUUCUUUUGGAUGACCACAAGAAAUACUUAAAUCCCAUCUACAGUGAGGAUUUUUCACAGUCACGUACAGUCCUGGAGCCUGAUACAGCAGCCUUUAAUUUUAAGUUUUGGAGAAACAUGUAUCAUCAGUUUGAUCACACAAUGCAUCCCCGGCAAUCUGUACUCAGCCACGUGAUGAGCAUGAGUGAGCAAAAUAAACAACUAGAGAAAGAUAUUAAGGAAUUGGAAACCAAAUUGGGCCACCAUUUACACAAGGAUUUGGAUGCAGUCUUUGCGAAGGAGCCGUUGCAGUCUGUCUGUCCCAUAUCAUCAGGAGUUAAAACAUCGCUGUGCUUUAAGAAGGAGCAGCCUCUUUUACACGAGAAUGACUGUAUUCGAACGAUAGAGGGCUCCAACGCAGCAGACAAUCGAUACAGCGAGUACAUGGAGGAGUUCUCCAAAACAGAGCCUAGUGUUGUCAGCCUGGAAUAUGGAGUGGCAAGAAUGACCUGUUAAAUGUCAUAUGAAGCUGUUCUGCUUUUCUGAAAAGAUUGAAGGGCAUUGUGAGUCUGAUCUCUUGGAAUGUAACCAAAAACUAAUGUGUGUAAUGGAGAACCUCAUUAAUGUAGACUACAGCGCACAUUAGUUUUAAAAAUGUCAUUCUUGUAAGAGGUAAUUGAAUUUAACAAUAUCGAAAAGGAUGUGAAGAACUUAGGAACCCUUUUGUGGCUUAAAAGAAUUGAGGAGUGAAAGUGGUACACCAUAGCAAAUUAUAACUUCCACUAGUUUAUUCCAAAUGUUCACUGGUUUCAGUCCAGAUGGAAUCAUUGUUAAAGUAAACCCAUAGAAAGCAGUGAGAUUUAAACAAGUCAAGAUUUCAGUGAAUCCACUAAAAGAUGACUACUUCUAAUUCAUCCAGUGUGAAUAUUGCCAAAUGGUAAAUGAUAUUUGAAUGCUUGCUUUUAGGACACAGACAACUUACUGGGAUCAAUGAACAUCUGUAUAUAAAUGUAAAGUGUAUGUGUAUUCCUGUUUAAUCUGUUGCGUGUUACAGUAUUUUCAGUGAUAUCUACAUCAUUAAUUAGUAUCAAAGUAGUAAGAGCGAUAUUCAUAUAUAUUUGUUCUGCUCAUUUUUUUGAGAGCAGUUCAUUUGGAAUAUCUAAAAUAUGCUUAGUGACUUCUUUAAAUUAUUCUCUUUCAAAACAGUACUAUGAGAUUCACAUCAGUAAUUAUGGAAUACCAAUCUCUUGGGUAUUCAGUUUUAACCCCUUAUAACCAGACAGGAAACCUUUUUCCCCCCUUUAUUUUUAUGAUGAAGCUCUAGUUAUAAAAAAUAAAGGGGGAAAAAAUGGUUUCCUACUUGGUUAAAAUUGUAGCCCCAAGGCUGUGUAUCUUCCAUAUAAUUCUGUCCAGCUAUUGGAAGUACACUUCAGUUGAUAAAAUGGGCAGUCUAGGAGUAUCCAUGUAUUUCAGGAUUGGAGUACCCAUUUCCAAGAAUAGGCUAUAUUUCAGAGUGGUCAAGUGUUUAGGCUUCUUGCAAUUAUGUAUAAAAUAACGUGAGCCUCUAGCAAAAUAGAAAGUAUAAGAGCAGUACCUAUUGUUUUUGGUUGGAUAUGUUUGUGGUUUCCUGCAGGAUUUUAAUUUGUUUUGUAAAUCUGCUUUAAAAGAUGCAGCUUAAUUUGAAAUAAAAAGUAGCUUGUUUUUCAAUCAGUAGGAUCGCCAUAUUAAUGUAUUAAGUGAAUAAGUAAUUGUGAAUUAUUAAUCAAGUAGCCACUCUUGGGUAAAGAUUAAGAACAAACUAAAAUUUAGGUCUACAGGCCGUAUGGCUGCAGAAUCUCUUACUUUUGAAAAUUUGUUAAUGUUCACAUCUAUCUGGGGCCAGUAUCCCAAGUCAGAUGAAACAGAUAUCCAAUUAAGCAGGAUGCUUGGGUAAGAAAGUAUGCUAUGUAUUCUUAUAGAUAAAUCAGUAUGUUCUCAAUAACUUUGGUAUUUCUUCACCAGAAAAGAGAAUAGAUUUGCUUCAGUGGGACCCUGCCUCUGUUUGCUUUCUCCCAAUUUGUUUUUAUUGUUCAGAUGAAGAAAAGGAAAUGAGUGUUGAAAGCUAAGAUGGUAAACAUGCACGCCUUAGGGAUGUUGAACAUCCUAGGUGAUAUUGUAGGUAAUUUGUACCUGAGGGACCAAAUGCUUAUUACACAGUGAAAAUUAGUUUAGCUUUGCUGCAAUCACUGAAGGCUGAGCAAGACCACCAUCAGGCUACACAAAACCUGACACGGUUGGCUGUCUGAUUCUAUCUUAGUUGGGAUCCAGUCACACUAAUAACAGGUGAGGAGAAUCUUACCUGGAAUACUUCAAAGGUAACAUUACAAUGUUUGAAGAAGGAACAAGUGGAAAAAAUGGUGCUUUUGAUACUGUUGAUGAUAGACAUAUUUAAUUACAAAAAUUGGUUGGGAGGGGAAAUGGGAUCCAUCAUUUACCUAGUAUAUGGUGCAUUCUCACAUAUUUUGCCUGUUUAGGCAUUGCAGAUUUUGCAUGGCAGUGACUUUUGAAAAAUAUUAGGGCAGAGAAAUUUGCGUGCCUCUAGUUGUUUUUCCCUCUAGUUUUUUUUUUAAACUGUAGAUGAAUAAUUGCCUGUUAUCUGAUAUACUGGAAAUACAAGACCAAACAUUGUAUUGCAAUUGUCUUCUGUUGAUUAAAAAAACACCUAUGUAUA